UAUAAUGCUAAUAGUAGUUACAAUGUCUACCUAAUUCGAAGGAGUUGUUUUAAAGAUUUACGAAUAGAUAUUGAAAGAUGUUUAUUGUGGGUUUGACAGGUGGAAUAGCUACUGGAAAAAGUAGUGUUGCCUCUAUUUUUCGUGAAUACGGCAUACCUGUCAUAGAUGCUGAUCAAAUUGCACGAAAAGUUGUAGAACCAGGGAAACCAGCAUGGCACAAAAUACAAAAAGAAUUUGGUACAGAAGUAUUCUUAGAGACAGAGGAACUUGAUAGGGCUAAGCUUGGUGAUUUAAUAUUUAAUGAUGUAGAAAAGAGAAAAAAGUUAAAUGCUAUAACGCACCCAGAUAUAUAUAAAGAACUAUAUUGGCAAACGUUUAAAUAUGUUUUACAAGGUCAUCGAUUUAUACUCAUGGAUUUGCCAUUACUAUUUGAAACAGGACACAUGUUGAAUUAUUUGCAUAAAAUAAUUGUUGUAACUUGUGAGGAAGAUUUGCAAUUACAACGACUUAUAGAAAGAACAGGUUUCACUGAAGCCAAAGCAAAACUGAGAAUUGCUGCCCAAAUGUCCUUAGAAAAGAAAGCAGAAAUGGCAAAUUUUGUUAUUGAAAAUUCUGGUAGCGAACGUGAUACUAGAGAACAAACUAUUAAAGUCAUUAAUGUCUUAAGGUCUUCCAAUUAUCAUUGGAAAUUGCGUUUUUUAGUUGGAUUUUGUUGUACUGUUUUAUUAGGAGGUGUGUACUGGUUAAGAAACAGGAAUUUUCGUUCUUUACCAACUGCAGCAUAAAUACAAACAUUUAUACAAAGUAAAUAUUAAUUUAUCUUGGGGUAUGAUGUAUUGCAUUUACCAAAAUUUACAAAUUGAACUAUAUGCAUAAAUU